AUGUCACUUAAGCUGCACCAUCAGAAUCUCGUCUCCGGCAGCUCUUCAAGGUCAUUGGUUGCAGUUAAACCAAUCAGAACUUGUUUCUUUAAUAGAAGGGUGGUUAGCUUGGAUCACCUGCUAUUCAACCGUUGUUAUACAAGGAAGAAAAGUCGUGUAAGGCUUUCCCUUCCUGAAAGCAGUGAACUUAGUUUUAUCUGCAGAUUGCCUCGAUUUAGCAAACAAUCCAUUUGUAGCUUAACAACGACAGAUCAUCUACUACCUCGUGCUUCUGCUGAUGAUAACACGAUGGUUAAUGGAAGUCCACAAGCAAGAAUGGGCAGUAAUGUUGAGGAAAUGAGAUUCAAACUAAAUCAGUCUUUGCAGGGUGAAGACUACGAUACUGGUCUUGUCCAGUCAUUACAUGAUUCUGCAAGGGUAUUUGAGCUGGCUAUUAAACAACAUAAGUCUUUCUCAAAGAUUUCCUGGUUCUCGACUGCGUGGCUUGGUGUGGACAAAGCUGCUUGGGUUAAAGUACUAUCUUAUCAGGCAUCUGUUUAUUCCCUGCUACAAGCGGCAAGUGAGAUUUCAUCUCAAGGAGAUGGAAGAGAUAGAGAUAUUAACGUCUUUGUGCAGAAGAGUCUAUCUCGGCAAUGUGCUCCUCUGGAGAAUAUUAUUAAAGAGAAGUUAUUAGAUAAACAACCUGAAGCUUAUGAAUGGUUUUGGUCUGAGCAAAUCCCAGUUGCAGUGACCAACUUUGUUGAUAAUUUUGAAAAGGACCAACGCUUUGCCACUGCUACUGAAACAUUCAGAAAAGGCCUGUCCUCAGUUUCCGGAAGUCCAAGUGACAUAUCGCUUCUUAUGCUUGCACUUAGUUGCAUUGCGGCAAUUACCAAACUUGGCCCUGCAAAAGUUUCUUGUGCUCCAUUUUUUUCCAUUAUUCCGGACAUAACAGGCAGAUUGAUGGAUAUGCUGGUUGAAUUUGUUCCUAUUCGCCAAGUGUACCAUUCAAUAAAAGAAAUUGGCUUACGCAGAGAAUUUCUUGUCCAUUUUGGUCCUCGAGCUGCUGCAUGUAGAAUCAAGAAUGAUUUGGGUGCAGAAGAGAUUAUGUUUUGGGUGGGUCUUAUACAGAAACAACUACGGAGAGCUAUAGAUCGGGAGAAAAUUUGGUCAAGACUCACCACAUGUGAAAGUAUCGAGGUUUUGGAGAAGGAUUUGGCUAUAUUUGGGUUUUUCAUUGCCUUAGGGAGAAGCACACAAUUCUAUCUAUCUAUAAAUGGUUUUGACAUUGCUGAUGAGCCCAUCAAAGGAUUUAUACGGUACUUAAUUGGGGGCAGUGUGCUAUAUUAUCCUCAGCUUUCAUCUAUUAGUGCUUAUCAACUUUAUGUGGAGGUUGUGUGUGAAGAACUGGACUGGCUUCCUUUCUAUCCAGGCUGCAGCAGUACCUCCAAGCGUACUCCUGGGCACAAAAAUAGAGAAGGUCCCCCCAAUACCGAAGCAAUUCACCUAGUAUUGGAUGUGUGCUCUUACUGGAUCCAGAGUUUUAUUAAGUACAGCAAAUGGCUGGAGAAUCCCUCUAAUGUUAAGGCAGCUCGAUUUCUUUCCAAAGGGCAUGACAAGUUAAAAAUGUGUGUGCAAGAACUGGGGAUACAGAAGACUGGAUCUGGAAAUUAUUUACCACUCAAGAAAGAGUUGGAUUCGUUUGAUAAGGCACUAGGGAGUGUUGAAGAAGCUCUUUUAAGGCUUGAAGACUUGCUUCAGGAGCUACAUGUGAAAAGCUCUAGUUCUGGAAAGGAGCACUUAAAAGCUGCAUGUUCCGACCUUGAAAGGAUACGAAGACUAAAGAAAGAAGCUGAAUUUCUCGAGGCAUCUUUCAGAGCUAAGGCAGCUUCUCUUCAGCAGGGAGAUGAUGUCAGUAGUUUAACCUCUCCAACUAGUGAGCAACAUCAAUAUUCUAGAGGACAAGGCAGCAAAGGUGCUAAUAUGAAAAUGGAUAGGAGCAGCAGGGUAAGCAAUCCUCGCGGACUAUGGAAUAUUCUAGCAUACCUCCCAGGAAAAUCAUCUGACACUGGUUCAUCAACUGCAAUUGAAAAUGAUGGUGGAUACCAUGAACAGGAAAUUGUGGACUCGGAAUCCAAUGAAAUUCAACGGUUUGAACUCUUAAGGAGUGAACUAAUAGAACUGGAGAAACGAGUUCAAAAGAGCACUGAUCAGUAUGAAUAUGAUGAGGAAGAAAUUCAGACGAGAGAUGUUGCUUUGAGGUACAGUAAUGAAGUUAAAGGUGCUCAAUUGGUUCAGGUUCAGAAGAAAGAAAGUGUAAUUGAGAAAUCAUUUGAUAAGCUGAAAGAAACAAGCACGGAUGUUUGGCAAGGCACCCAGCUUCUUGCCAUUGACACUGGUGCUGCUAUGGGACUGCUCAGGAGGGUUCUAAUAGGGGAUGAAUUAACAGAGAAAGAAAAGCAAUCUCUCCAAAGAACAUUAACUGACUUGGCCUCAGUAGUUCCAAUUGGCUUUCUCAUGCUCCUUCCAGUUACUGCAGUAGGGCAUGCUGCUAUAUUGGCGGCAAUUCAACGAUAUGUACCAUCACUGAUACCUUCCACUUACGGAUCUGAAAGGUUAGAUCUCUUGAGGCAGCUUGAGAAAGUAAAGGAAAUGGAAGAUGAGUUUCACAGCUUGUCUUAUGGAAGUUCAUUCCAAGUGUCUUGCACUCCAGGUAGUUUACCGAAUCUCGAAGUCCGGCUCCUGCAUUUGGAAAUAUUUUAA